GUAGGUGUGGUGUACGUGAUCGAGAAAGAGAGAACGGAAAUGCGGGUGGCCGUAGUGGGAGCCGGGAUCAGUGGGUUGGCGUCGGCCUACGUGCUGGCCAAGGCCGGGGUGGACGUGGUGCUCUAUGAGAAGGAGGACUGCUUGGGCGGUCAUGCCAAGACCGUAAACUUCGAUGGCGUCAACCUGGAUCUGGGCUUCAUGGUCUUCAACGGAGUCACUUAUCCUAACAUGAUGGAGUUCUUUGAGAGCCUUGGGGUCGACAUGGAGAUAUCCGACAUGUCAUUCGCCGUGAGCUUGGACGAAGGCAAAGGUUGUGAGUGGGGAAGUCGCAAUGGAUUGGCUAGCUUGUUUGCCCAAAAAAGCAAUGCGAUCAAUCCCUACUUUUGGCAAAUGCUCCAAGAAAUUGUCAAGUUCAAACACGACGUUAUACGGUACCUUGAGAAGUAUGAAAACAACCCUGAUCUGGACCGUAAUGAAACAUUGGGGCAUUUCAUUAAGUCACAUGGAUACUCUCAGUUAUUUCAGAAGGCUUAUCUUGUUCCGAUCUGUGCUUGUAUCUGGUCGUGCCCUUCAGAAGGUGUAAUGAGCUUCUCUGCAUUUUCUGUGCUUGCAUUUUGCCGUAAUCAUCAUCUUCUUCAGCUGUUUGGCCGCCCACAAUGGCUUACUGUCAAGCAGCGAUCUCAUUGCUAUGUUAGAAAGGUAAGAGGAGAACUAGAGAGCAGGUGUUGUCAAAUUAGAACAGGGUGUGCAGUGAAAUCUGUCUUAAAUAUUGAUGGAGGUUGCCAUGUAGUAGGAGAAGACCAGUCAGAGGAAACAUAUGAUGGAUGCAUAAUUAGCACACAUGCACCAGAUGCUUUGAAAAUUUUAGGGACACAAGCAACAUAUGAGGAAUCAAGGCUACUUGGCGCUUAUCAGUACGUAUACAGUGACAUAUAUCUUCACCACGACAAAAGUCUGAUGCCCCAAAACCCAUCAGCAUGGAGUGCCUGGAAUUUUCUUGGGACCACAAACAAUGGUGUAUGUGUUACAUAUUGGCUCAACGUGCUUCAGAAUCUUGGUUCUACCAAUCUGCCUUUUCUUGUGACUCUAAAUCCUCGUUUUGUUCCUAAACAUACCUUGCUUAAAUGGUCCACUAGCCAUCCCAUUCCAUCAGUUGCUGCCUCAAAAGCUUCUCUUGAGAUAGGGAAAAUUCAGGGAAAAAGAAGAAUUUGGUUUUGUGGAGCAUAUCAGGGUUUUGGGUUCCAUGAGGAUGGACUAAAGGCUGGAAUAGUUGCCGCCAACAGUGUGCUUGGAAUGGACUGUGUUCUUUUGAGAAACCCAAGACAGAUGGUACCUUCAUUGGUGGAAACUGGAGCACGACUUAUAGUUACUAGAUUUCUUGAAAAAUAUAUCUCAACUGGUUGUUUAACAUUGCUAGAAGAAGGUGGCACUAUUUUUGUUUUUGAAGGAACCAACAAGAAAAGUUGUAUAAAAUCUAUUCUGAAAAUUCAUGAUCCCCUGUUCUACUGGAAGGUUGCUACAGAAGCUGAUUUAGGCCUUGCAGAUGCAUAUAUAAAUAGGUACUUUUCCUUUGUUGAUGAGCAAGAAGGUCUCCUGAAUCUUUUUAUGAUUCUAAUUGUUAACAGGGAUCAGAAUUCUUCCAGCAAAAGUAAAACUACAAGGGGCUGGUGGACACCUAUACUUUUUACAGCUGGUCUUCAAUCUGCUAGAUACUUUUUACGCCACAUUUCAAGGCAAAAUACUGUAGCCCAAGCUCCCAAGAACAUCUCUCAUCAUUAUGAUCUGAGUAAUGAAUUCUUCUCUCUAUUUUUGGAUGAGACAAUGACAUACUCUGGUGCAAUUUUUAAGAUGGAAAAUGAAGACUUAAAAGUUGCUCAGUUACACAAAAUCUCUCUUUUGAUUGAAAAGGCUCGAAUCGAGGCCAAGCAUGAAAUUCUUGAGAUUGGUUGUGGUUGGGGGAGUCUGGCAAUAGAAGUCGUGAAGCAAACUGGUUGCAAGUAUACAGGAAUCACGUUGUCUGAAGAACAACUUAAGUUUGCCAAAAGAAGAGCAAAAGAGGCUUGUUUGGAGGACCGUAUUACUUUCCUGCUGUGUGAUUACCGCCAACUACCAUGUUACCGAAAAUACGACAGGAUUAUAUCUUGUGAGAUGAUUGAAGGAGUUGGUCAUGAAUACAUGGAAGAGUUUUUUGGCUGUUGUGAAUCACUUCUGGCUGAAGAUGGCUUAUUUGUCUUACAGUUCAUCUCCAUCCCAGACGAACGGUAUGAUGAAUACAGGAGAAGCUCUGACUUCAUAAGGGAAUACAUUUUUCCUGGAGGAUGCCUUCCUUCUUUGAGUAGAAUAACUUCUGCUAUGGCUGCCGCAUCGAGAUUUUGUGUAGAGCACUUGGAAAAUAUUGGCAUCCAUUAUGAUCAAACAUUGAGAUACUGGAGGAAUAACUUCAUGCAAAAUAAAUGUAAAAUUCUUGCCUUGGGAUUUGAUGAGAAGUUCAUACGCACAUGGGAAUAUUAUUUCAUAUAUUGUGCAGCUGGUUUUAGAUCACGUACACUUGGAAACUAUCAGAUGGUAUUUUCCCGUCCUGGUAACUCGACAGCUUUCAGUAACCCGUACGAUGGUGUUCCAUCAGCCUGCUGAUUUGUCCGCUGAUCUCCUUCGUCCUGACCGCGAAUGCAAGUAUUUGGUCGUGAGAUCGCCUCCCCCCCCGGCGUCAGUUCAUUAGGUUCACUGCUUGGUAAUAAGCUAAUGCAGCUCCGGAGGAAACUGAGGUUCAGCGAUCAUAGGCCCUUGGAUUAACAACAUGGACGAAGAAGCAUAUAACAUUGUGGAAGGGUAUUUGUUAAAAUUCAAACCUUUAAACUCUCUUUUACUUCCCAACUGGAAUAAUCUAAAAUUCAAUUGUUUAAAAGGGAAAAAUAUGCAGUGGCUCCACAUUAAUGCACAUGGAGAAUGAAUAUUUGACACGCUAGCCCCACGUUGGUUGUCAAUAAAUUCUUAAAAUGCGAUGAUAUUGUAAUGUUUCCGAUUUCCAAA